CGUAACGUUGCACCUUUCUGCCACCAGGCGACAGCAUUUCUCCCUCAAAAUAAAAACCCCGCUCCUGUCCGGGCUGUUGGAUCACAUGCUGGGAAGGUUUGAAGUUGCGGCUUUCCAUCACACAUGCGCGCGGACAAAGUGAAUGGCACACGGGCGCAGAAGUGACACCGAGGCGACCAGUCCGCGGCAGCUAGGUAAAGGCUGGAGUGAAGUCCGCGCGGGGUGGAGAGAGAAAAAAAGGAGGAGAAGCGCGAGUGGAGAGGAUGAAGAUGAAAGCCAAGGGAGGCUGUAGUAUCCCAGCACCGGCGUCUUCGAAAUCCAGACUAUAGGACACACGGGGAAUCACGACACGUGUAAUUUGGGCCAGUUGAGAAAGUUCGGCGACCGUAGCCUAUACAAUGAUUAUAAAUGGGUCCCACCUGAACAGCUCCUCGCCAGACCCCAGCGACCGUCCGCCGUGGGUUACCACAACUUUGGGCUGCUUUCUCAUCUUUACUAUCGUUGUAGACAUCCUGGGCAAUCUCCUGGUCAUCUUCUCCGUGUAUCGGAACAAGAAGCUCAGAAACGCAGGGAACAUAUUUGUGGUGAGCCUGGCAGUGGCAGACCUUGUGGUGGCCAUCUACCCUUACCCUCUGGUCCUCACCUCCAUCUUCAACAAUGGCUGGAACCUGGGCUACGUUCACUGCCAGAUCAGCGGCUUCCUUAUGGGCGUCAGCGUCAUCGGCUCCAUCUUCAACAUCACCGGCAUUGCCAUCAACCGCUACUGUUAUAUCUGCCACAGCCUCAAGUAUGAUAAACUGUACAGUGACAAAAACUCAGUCUGCUAUGUGAUGUUAAUCUGGGCGCUGACUGUGGUGGCCAUCGUGCCCAACCUGUUUGUGGGUUCACUUCAGUAUGACCCACGGGUUUAUUCCUGCACAUUCGAGCAGUCAGCCAGCUCAGCGUACACUAUCGCAGUGGUUUUCUUUCACUUUAUUUUACCCAUCAUGAUUGUCACAUACUGCUACCUGCGCAUUUGGAUACUGGUCAUACAGGUGAGGAGACGAGUCAAGCCGGACAACCGGCCCAAGCUAACGCCACAUGAUGUUAGAAACUUUAUCACCAUGUUUGUAGUGUUUGUGCUCUUCGCCGUUUGCUGGGCACCGCUCAACUUCAUCGGUCUGGCCGUAGCGAUCAAACCAGAGGUGGUGGUUCCCCUCAUCCCUGAGUGGUUAUUUGUGGCUAGCUACUUUAUGGCCUACUUCAACAGCUGCCUUAAUGCCAUUGUGUAUGGUGUGCUGAACCAGAACUUCAGGCGGGAGUACAAGCGCAUUGUAGUGUCAGUGUGCACAGCACGCAUCUUCUUCCAGGACAGCUCCAACGAUGCAGGGGAGAGGCUCAAGUGUAAACCGUCACCCGUCAUGACCAACAAUAACCAGGUCAAGGUGGACUCUGUCUGAUCCAGAACUCAGAGGAAUACUGAGCGGACAUUAAAAGAUGUGCGGUGACUGAGAGUAAAAAAAAGAAAAAGGCAGAGUGAGAAAAACUACCAAAUAUUAAUAUAAAACAGCUUCUAUACUCUGAGCUGUCUACAGACGUUGAUAUGGUGCUAUUGGACCUCUGAACAAUCACAGUAAAAACAGGGGUGCAUAUUAUCUUUGUCUCUUGUUUGACUGUAGUACAGUAAAUAUGACGUACAUUUUGUUUUCCUGUUUACAGUGAUGAUAUAAAUGUAUUAUGCAUUAUAUAAGUAUUUAUUUUGUAUGACAUGUCAUGUAGAUAUAUGGUAAGAUACAUCAGGUUCCAGUUAAAUGAAGACAACAUUAUAUCAGGCCAAUAGAAACAUUCUACAAAACUUGAUUAAAAAUAUAUAUAGACAUUCAUAAAGUUUUACAAAUGGAGUGCAAUGUGGGUUGCUGCUGUCGUAUUAUACCCUGUAAUACAUAAGUGGAAUAUAUAUUUUAGCGCUUUUCUCUCUCUCUCUCUCUCUCUCUCUCUCUCUCUCU